AUGAAGCUCUCUCUGAAACUCCAAGAUGAUUACAAACAACAGACUCAAAACCCCCCUCUCCUAAAGGCUAAAUUACCCAUCUCCAUUUUCAACCAACCCUUCACUUCUUCACUCACAACCGCCACAACCGCCACUCCCAAACACCUCUCCUUCUCUCUCUCCACCAACUUCUCUUCCGGCCCUUCUUUCAGAUUCACCUACACACCCGUCUCUUCAAAUACAACGGCAGCCUCAGCUGCCCCUUUCUCCGUCUCUCUCAAAUCGGGCCUUGGCUUGUUUGGUUCGCCUCAUGAUUCUCCUCUUAUCUUCUCUGCCCACUUCUCUCUUUCCUCCACCAACCCCUCAACUAUUUCCCCUACCUUUUUGCUCCAUUUCAAGCCCCAAUUUGGUCACUUUUCGCUGCAUAAAACUACUUCCUCUGCAAACCCUAACCCUAGAAAUUUGGGGUCCCGCUCCGGUUCUGCGGCCAACUUGCAAUCUGGUUCUCCUCCGAAUUACCAUUUUGCAAGUGGGUCGGUUGUGCAUGAGGCUUUGGGUUGGCAAGAUGUGAAAUUGGAGCCGUGUAGUACGAGUGAAAAUGGGUUUGGUAAUGCGAAGCCUAGCUUUUUUAAAGGGGUUGGUUCGGGUGAUGGAAUUGGGUUUGUUAAAGAGAGGAUAUUGGAGAUGAAAGAUGGUGAAAGAGGUGGACUGUUGGGUGGAAUUUCUGUAAAGGCAAAAACUGUGUUGCCUGUGACGAAAGGGUUAAAGGCAAAUUUGAGGUGGGGAGUGAAUUUGCCGGCGAAUUCAGAGGUUAGAAUGCCGUAUUUAACUGUGAAUAAGAUUGGGAUUGAGAGAGUUGAAAAGUUAGAAGAGGUGAAGAAGAUGAAUUCUGAGAGUAACGUGGGUGAUUUGGAGUUGUUGAAGGGAAUGUGUUUUUGGAUGAGCAGAGAUUUGGAAUUAUUGGAGAAGGAAAACAGGGACAUGAAACAAUGUUUGGAGGAUAUGAGAAUGGGAGUUUCCACGAGGAGUUAUCGUGGAGUAAGUGAUAGUAUUGGGAAGAAGGUCUUUCCAUCUUCAAGUGAGGGUUUCUCUGAGGCAAGGGGUUUUAAUGGAGUCAGUGAUAGUACUGGGAAGAAGGUGUUUCCAUCUUCAAGUGAGAGUUUUGGUGAGCUUGAGAGGCGGAGCAGGAAGAAUGGCGAAGGGAAUGGCAAAACAGAGGCGAAGAAGUCUGUGAGUCAGGCUAGUGAUUUGGAGUCUGAGUUGCAGAAAGCUAUUAUGGCUGCUGCUUCCUCUUAG